CAAACCUGCGAUCUUGAAAAUGUAAAGCCUGAAACCAAGCGAUAUCUAGAUAAAUCGGUUCAAGUGGGAAAAAGAAAUGGACUCCAUCUUCCUAAAGAAGUGCAGAAUGAAAUAAAGAUGAUGAAGAAAAAAUUGAGUGAGCUCUGUAUAGAUUUUAACAAAAACCUGAAUGAGGAAAACACAUUUCUUGUAUUUUCUAAGGAAGAACUUGAAGGCCUUCCUGAUGACUUUAUUAAGAGUUUAGAGAAGAUUGAGGAAGACAAAUAUAAAAUUACUUUAAAGUAUCCCCACUAUUUUCCUGUCAUGAAGAAGUGCUGCAUUUCAGAGACCAGGAGAAAAAUGGAAUCUGCCUUUAACUCAAGAUGCAAAGAGGAGAACACAAAAAUUCUUCAACAAUUGCUUCCACUAAGGGCAAAAGUAGCAGAGCUUCUUGGUUAUAAUACACAUGCCAACUUUGUCCUGGAGGUAAACACUGCAAAGAGCACAGAUAAUGUAACAGCCUUCUUAGAUGAUUUGAGUAAGAAGCUAAAGCCAUUGGUUGAGGAGGAAAGAGAAUUCAUUCUAGAGUUGAAAGAAAAGGAGUGUAAAGAAAGAAAUCUUGAUUAUGAUGGACGAAUCAAUGCAUGGGAUCUUCAUUAUUAUAUGAACAAAACAGAAGAGCUGAAAUACUCCAUAGAUCAAGAAAAGCUGAAGGAAUACUUCCCAAUUCAGGCUGUUACAGAAGGUUUGCUGAAUAUAUACCAAAAGCUGCUGGGACUUGUAUUUGAGCAAGUAGAAAGUGCUCAUGUUUGGCAUGACAGUGUUACUCUUUAUACAGUAAAAGAUAAUUCAACAGGAGAAAUGUUAGGCCAGUUCUAUUUGGACCUCUACCCCAGAGAGGGGAAGUAUGGGCAUGCAGCAUGCUUUGGUCUCCAACCUGGCUGUCUUCUCUCUGAUGGCAGUAGAAUGUUGUCUGUAGCUGCUCUGGUAACCAAUUUCACAAAACCAACAUCAGAUCGCCCAUCAUUGCUGCGACAUGAUGAAGUAAAGACUUACUUCCAUGAAUUUGGUCAUGUAAUGCAUCAGAUCUGUGCACAGACUGAUUUUGCUAGGUUUAGUGGAACUAAUGUGGAAACAGACUUUGUAGAGGUACCUUCGCAAAUGUUCGAGAACUGGGUGUGGGAAAAAGAACCACUGCAGCAAAUGUCAAGACAUUAUAAAGAUGAGAGCCAUGUUGGAGACACUCUCCUUGAGAAACUUGCUGCCUCUAGACUGGCUAAUACAGGCCUUUUAACCCUCCGUCAGAUUGUUUUGAGCAAAGUUGACCAAGCACUGCAUACAAAGCUAUCGGUUGACCCAGCAGGUGAAUAUGCUAAAUACUGUAUGGAGAUUCUAGGAAUUCCUGCCACCCCAGGAACAAACAUGCCAGCUACUUUUGGGCAUCUGGCAGGUGGUUACGAUGGUCAGUACUAUGGAUACCUGUGGAGUGAAGUAUUUUCCAUGGACAUUUUUUAUAGCUGCUUUAAGCAAGAAGGCAUAAUGAAUCCAAAGGCAGGGAUGAAAUACAGAAACCUCAUUUUGAAACCUGGAGGAUCUUUGGAUGGGAUGGAUAUGCUACAAAAUUUCUUGGAGCGUAAACCAAGUCAGAGGGCUUUCCUGUUGAGUAAGGGAUUAGGUGUUCAGUAAACAUCCUUUGUGAUGGCUUCCCAGUAUGGAAUGAGCUGGAAAUGUCAAUGUGUUUCACAUUUAAACUAUGUAUCACUCUAGGGAAAUUGGGUCACUUUUUGAUGAUUUUUUUUUUAAUUGUAUAAAUAAAAAUGUGGAGUUUUUAAAUUGCAUAGGGCUACAAAAUUCAACACAUCAGGGAGAAAAUAGAGAUGUGCAGAAACUGAGGAAUUUGCGUGGU